UAUGUUUAAUUCUAAACUGUUUCCUACUUAUGAAAAUUCUACUUUUCAAGCCUUUGAUGAAAAAGUAAAUCUGGUGCCAGUGUGGUAUGCUAGUGAGGAGGCAUAAGGAAGUCAAAUAUUAAUAGUUUAAGCUUUUAGAUAAGGUGUAGGUUGUUCAAUAAUUCUGAUAAUUUAUAUUUGCAAAUUGAGUUGGCAAUGGAAAAGUGCUGAUAAUCUGCCUGGAAGGUAUGUAUUUUGAUUUCUCAAUCUUAUUUUCAAGAAUGUUGGAUGAUGCAUAUAGGUGUGACUUCUAGAAAUGUCAGUGGAGAUGGGAUAGAGUUAAGUAAUUCAAGUAGCAUCGGUUCAUCUGCUUCAAUAACCCAUGCUCCUCGGACUGAGGGUGAGAUCUUGCUGUCCUCCAACUUGAAAAGCUUCUCAUACGGUGAUCUCAAAGCAGCCACAAGGAACUUCCGUCCCGACAGCAUCUUAGGGGAAGGGGGUUUUGGAUCUGUUUUCAAAGGAUGGAUUGACAAGCAUUCACUUGCAGCAUCAAAGCCAGGCGUUGGGAUGAUGAUAGCUGUUAAGAGGCUGAGACAGGAUGGGGGCCAGGGUCACAAGGAAUGGUUGGCUGAAAUCAAUUAUCUUGGUCAAUUGCGUCAUCCUAAUCUUGUAAAACUGAUUGGUUACUGCUUAGAGGAUGACCACAGACUUUUGGUCUAUGAGUUUAUGCCCAAGGGUAGCAUGGAGAAUCAUCUAUUCAGGAGAGGUUCGUUCUUCCAGCCACUAUCUUGGAGCCUGCGAAUGAAUAUUGCUCUUGGUGCUGCACGGGGACUUGCCUUUCUUCACAGUGCCGAGACGCAAGUAAUAUAUCGGGACUUCAAAACUUCGAAUAUCCUGCUUGAUUCUAACUACAAUGCCAAACUUUCUGAUUUUGGGUUAGCCAGGGAUGGGCCAACUGGUGAUAAGAGUCACGUUUCUACUAGAGUUAUGGGGACUUAUGGAUAUGCUGCUCCCGAGUAUCUAUCCACAGGUCAUUUAACUUCCAAGAACGACGUAUACAGCUUUGGCGUGGUUCUGCUAGAAUUCUUAUCUGGUAGGAAAGCAAUAGACAAAAAUCAGCCAGCGGGGGAACAUAAUCUUGUUGACUGGGCAAAACCUUACCUCACAAACAAACGAAGAAUUCUUCAUGUUAUGGAUGCCCGUCUUCAAGGCCAAUAUUCAUUGGGUCGAGCCCUAAAGGCAGCUCAUCUUGCGCUCCAGUGCCUAUCCACGGAUCCUAGGUCAAGGCCGAACAUGGAUGAGGUGGUAACUGCUUUGGAGCAGCUUCAGGAAACUUCGAAAACUGAUCAAGCGGCUCACCAAUCAAACCGGAAAACUCACCAUAAAAAUCAACCUAGUUCCCGCAAAAGCAGAGCUGGAGAAAUGCAAUGAGUAACGACUUACCCCAGACCGUCAGCUUCCCCUCUUGACACAUAGAAAGAGGUAUGACGGUGACUUCUUUGGUUUGAUGGUCUACUUAUUUUUUCGUUAUGACCGUGUGCAUGUAGCUGUGUACCAUAUAUAACUGUAUUUGAAGAGAAUGUACAGUUGUUUGGCAAGGUAAUUUGUAAACUACCCUCGAUCUUAGUUGUCAGUUGUGACAAUAUUGAGUAAUGAGCAGGUUUCCAGCUUAUGAUCUUCAUGCCCUCUGGAAAAUGUUCUAUGGUUUUUGAGCUUAAGCUCCAUUUUGUCUGAGUUUGGAAAUUGUAUUUUGUUUGGGAAAAAAAAUGAAAAAAAUUGUAAGUAUGAAGUUAGUAUUUGUAUUUUUGUACUCGUCGAGGUUUCAAAACUUUGUUAAGACAAUUAAGAUUGACAGAGAUGAAUCAUAAUUUUCUUGCAUCGCA